AUGUCUCCAGUGAAAUCGAAAUCAAAAUCUAAGGCUGGUAAGGAUCAAAGGAACGCCACUCCAACCACAUAUGGUACCAGUAAUCAUGGAACUGGUCCAACUGGUACUUCUGCUACUGCAUAUAAUCCAGUUUCAACUGCCUCAUUUCCUUCCCUGGAAACAGCAUUAGUUUCUAAUUUCACUCCAACCAAUGGCAACACUCAUUUUCAAAAGAUAGAUGACACAUAUGAGCAUCCAAGUAGUCUUCAAGGGACAGUGUCUGAAUGUGACUCAGUUUCUAACAAUGGAAGCUGCUCUGGUGAAUCAGAAGACCCUAAAGAGAAAGUGAGAAAGUCUUCCAUUGGGCAGGAGGGUGUUCCGGGUUCUGACAACGACCGGAGGGAGAAGAUUCGGCUGAAGAACGAGAGGAAACACCAGCGCCAGAGGGAAAGGAGAGCUCAAGAACUGCAUAACCGGUGUUGUGGGUAUCUGAUGUCAAAGAAACUAGAAUCACUUGCACAGCUCCUGGUGGCAAUGGGGUUCUCUUCUGAUAGAGCAACCUUGGCCUUAAUGUUAAAUGAUGGAAAGAUAGAGGAAUCAGUAUCAUGGUUGUUUGAAGCAGGUGAAGUUCACACCAAGACCACUACUUCCAAUGUUGGACUCAGGGCUAAUUUGAAAAUUGAUGUGAGUGAGGAGCUUGUGCAAGUAUCUGAUAUGGAGGCAAGGUACAAUUGUUCCAAGCAAGAAGUUGAAAGGGUAGUUGUUGCCUGUGAAGGGGACCUUCGUAAGGCAGAAAACACUUUAAAGUCUCAGAAGCAAGAAUCUUCAGUGAGCCAACUAAAGCCAGAACAGUCUGCUAAAAUCAGUGGUUUGAAUCUGAUGAGAUCACAGCGGUUGUCAUCUGUUUCAGUUUCAACCCAGCAAAGGCAAAAGGUUGAAGGUGAUUUCAAGUAUUCCAGAGCAGCUUCUGUGUUCCCAGAUCCUCAAAGCAAGAAUCUGUUGUCUCUACACAUGAAUCAUCAAAUGGCUCUGCCAGUGAAAAGAUGGGUUGUUUCAGGAUCAAGCCCUUCUGCUACCUAUGCUAUGGUACCCUCCACACAAGUAUCAUCAUCAUCUCCAUCUGUUAAAAUAGAGGUUCAGCUUAGUUCCUUUGGGAACAAAGGGAGAAUGUUCCACCAAGGAAUGGAUAGGGAGCCAGUAGUCAUGAUGCAGCAGCAGCAUCCACUGUUUAGAAAUGAUAAGCAAGACCCUAUUUCUAGGGGAAAUACCUCACCUUCAGGGACACAAGGUUUGUAUGCAAACAAUUAUCCAGCUGCUGAAAAUGUAAGAUCAAAUGGGAUGUUUCUGCAAAACCACAUCAGAGGAAGUGUGGCUAAUGUGAACAUGGACCAGUUUUACCAAGCUUAUUAUAAAGAACAUCCGUAUGUUUUUGGACAUGUAGAUUCCUCACCAUCUGGGGUGGGGUUAUUUUGCAAGCCAAUGCAUCAUACUUCAUCACCUUGGCCUUCAAUUCGAUGGAGCACAACUGAACCUUCACCUUCUCUUACAGUUCCACCUUCCCUUGGACUCUUUUCUGGUCAGAGUGCAGCAACAGCAUUCAGCUCACACUCACAUGUGGAUUGGAACAGCGGCGGCAUGAUGCCGGAGUUCGACUACACCAGAGUUGACUGGACUUUGGAUUGCACUUCCCUGUCUUCUAAACAAGGUGGAUUGAGGCUAGGAAUCUCAGCAUUGUCCAGAAACAUUUCAGGCAACAGAAUGAGCAAUUCAUGCAUGGCAGGGCUACAAAAUGUUGGCAUGAGUAGGAACACUUCAUCUUUUAGUGGUUUGAGAGAUUGGACAUCCCCUUUUGAAGGGAAUGACAUAUUCAGUCUUCCUAGGAGCUUUGUCACCUCUCCUCCUCUCAUGAGACUGUAG